UCAAACCCAACUUGCCAUUUUUUCUCUCACACAACUCUUCUUCUUAGCUCCAUUUUCUCUUCAUGAAGCCACUGAAUAGUGUGAGUGAGUUCUAUUCCUAAGUGGGGUUUGGUUUUCUUGUCCCUAAGUUUGCUUUUUUAUGCGUGUUUCCAAAACAGUCGGUUUUUUUUUUUUUUUUACCGUAUAAAAGACUAAAAAAAGAAAAACUUUUGUGUUCUCUUCUUAUAUUUUGAUGUAAUUAACGUUUGUAUUCUUGUCAACAUUAAUUGGCGCUUCUAGAAAGUUCUUAAGAAAGGAGAAUUCAUUUAUGUCCUCCUCAAUAUUUUUCGUUUUCUUGAUCUGGGGUUGUUGAUUCAAGAAAGCGAAGUUGUCUUUGUUCUUUUACAUUGUGUCUUUUUUUUUUUGUCCGACCAAAUUGUUGUAAUGGGAUCCUCUGCAAUGUCGAUUGACGAGGUUGUCGAAGAGCUAAUGAGACUUAACAAAUCUUUACCAACAAGGCCAGGCAUUGAUGAAGUUGAAGCAGCAAAAGUUUUAAUAAUGAACGUGGAAAAGGAGGAACAAAUGAGGCUCGAAACAAUUGCUAGGCAAAACAAACGAAAAGAUGUUCCAGAAGAGCUAUUAAAAAUAUUGCAAGAGAUGCAGAGGAAUUUAGUUGAUUUUCAAAGUAAAGAACAGAAAAGAGAAGCAAUAAAACUGUUAGAUCUUGAAAAUGUUCAUUACCUUUCCGAUGAAUUGAUUCAAAGAGCUUCGGAAUGCUUGUCAUCAUCGAAGUCGAAUCCUCAAGCUAAUAAUACAUCUUCAGCUUCUUCAAGGAAUUCGAGUAGUUUGUCUUUGGCAAAUUCGUCUUCUUCCUUCUCCGCUAGCAGUUUCAAUUCUCCGGCAACUACAACGACUACUACGAUGUCUUCGUCGAGCUUUUAUAGUGAGAAAGAACCUGUUAAAGUGCCUGAACUUGUUACAAGAGACGAUAGUUACGUGAAGAAGGCGAAAUCCACGUUUCAAAUGGAUGGAAUUAGCGUUGGACUUCGAUCUGGGAACGCUUCUUUAGCGCCCCAGAUUGUCGAUUCCACUUUGAAAACUAGUACUGGUCAAGUUGGUGAAAAAUUGAGCUUGAUUAAGCUUGCUAGUUUGAUAGAAGUAUCAGCCAAAAAAGGAACCCAGGAGCUAAUUCUUCGAAGAAAAUUAUCAGAGCAAUUAGAAUGGAUUCCAGAUUCUCUUGGGAAGUUAUCAAAUUUGGUAACUUUGGAUUUGUCUGAGAAUCGAAUUGCUGUGCUGCUAACUACCAUAGGGGGACUUUCAUCAUUGCAAAAGCUAGAUUUACAUGGAAAUAGAAUUGUUGAACUUCCUGAUUCAAUAGGAGAUCUGCUUAACUUGGUCUAUCUUGAUCUAAAUGGAAAUAACCUGAAGACAUUGCCUUCGACUUUAGUGAGGUUAACUCGCCUUGAGGAAGUCGAUUUAAGCUCUAACAUGCUAUCUGUGCUCCCCGAGACAGUGGGAUCCCUUGUCAGUCUCAGAAAACUGAUCGUCGAGACUAAUGACCUAGAGGAACUUCCUCACUCUAUUGGUCAAUGUAAUUCACUCAAAGAGCUUCGUGCUGACUAUAACCAUCUUAAAGCCCUUCCUGAAGCCUUGGGACGAAUGGGUUCUUUGGAGAUUCUAUCCGUGCGGUACAAUAACAUAAGGCAAUUGCCUACAACUAUGGCAUCCUUAACAAGUUUGAAAGAGCUCAAUGUUAGUUUCAAUGAACUUGAGUCGAUGCCUGAGAGCUUGUGCUUUGCCACCACACUCGUAAAGCUCAACAUUAGCAACAAUUUUGCGGACCUCCAAUCACUCCCUAGGUCCAUAGGAAACCUCGAGAUGCUUGAGGAGCUAGAUAUGAGUAACAACCAGAUACGAAUUCUUCCAGAUUCGUUUAGGAUGCUUUCACAUUUGCGUGCACUAAAGACAGAAGGAAAUCCUCUUGAAGUGCCACCAGGAAACGUUGUUGAGAUGGGAGCGCAGGCUGUUGUGCAGCAUAUGGCUGAUCUUGUUGACAAGAGGGAUGCGAAGCCACAGCCAGUUAAGCAGAAGAAAUCAUGGGCUCAGAUAUGCUUCUUUUCAAGAUCUAACAAACGUAAGCGCAAUGGUAUGGACUAUGUCCAAGCAUGACCUACUGCUGCUUCAAUACAAGCCUUUUGACCUUACUUUUAUAUGUGAAAUUCAGUUGGAAGAGAGCUGCCAUUCUUCUUUGAAUUCCACCAUUGCCAACAAAAAUCAUCAGCGUCUUUGG